AGUUGACAGCUUCAUGACUUCAGAAAAGGAUAGAUCCUACGUGAGGCCAUGGAGCAGCGUGUGUUCCUUCAGGUUGCGGUCCUGGCAUCGCUGGCCACGAUCAGUGCGUUCGUGGCAUUCGGUCUGUACCGCAAGCGCCACCACCACCAGCACAAUCAGCUCGAAGAUGUGAAGCAGCCGAAGGAGGCGGCCUCCGCCUCCAAGACGCAGUCAGCGACACAACAACAGCAGCAGAAAGUCCCCGCAGCCUCGGCCCCCCAGAAUGCCGACACCAAGCCGACGCCUGCCGCGAAUAUCGGGGAGCAGGAAGCCACAUUGGCCACCAAGAAAUACAAGGCAGGCGACUAUGAUGGGGCUGUGGAGCUCUACUCUGUAGCAAUCUCAAAGUGCGAACUGCAGCAGCCGCUGGACGCUCGCAACCUCAAGGUCAUGUACUCGAACCGUGCUGCAGCCUAUGAAAAGCUUCAGGACCACGAGAACGUGAUUGCCGACUGUACCAAGGCUCUGAAGCUGGACAAGCGCCACCCCAAGUCGUACCUGCGUCGUGCCAAGGCUCGAACCAACUCAGGUGACCUUCGCGGCUCUCUAGUGGACUACGUGUGUCUGUUGGUGAUCUCUGAAGAGAAACAAGAGCAGGUCGACGAGAAUUUGGCGCAGGAGAUCAGUCGCAUCCACAGCGACAUCACCGCCAAGGAGAUCGAGGACGCCCAGCAGAACAAACAGAACCCCACGCGUUACCUUCCUGACCAGUUCUUCGUCACGUCGUACUACUCGUCAUUCCACCCGAGUGACGACGAGAACGACGUCGUUGCGGAGAAAUCAUCAGAGGAAUACACGAUCGAGCUACAAGCGCUCGAGGCCGGAAAUGACACGCGGCAGCAACGUGGUUUGCUGCUGACGAAGCGAGGGUUGGCGUUGAAGAAGGAGAAGGACUAUGACAUGGCUGCCAAGGAUCUGGACGCUGCAUGUAAGCUCGUGCAGCCCGAGGACGAGGCGCACUACACUGCUCAGAUUGAGAACGGAACGUACCACCACCUGCGUGGAGAGUUCGAGCUCGCUCGCAAGUCAUUCGAGAAGGCUCUUGAGGCUAAGCCCCACUCCAUUUUUGCCAAGAUCCGCAUGGGCGGUCUCUGCUUCGACCAGAAGGACCUCAAGAAGGCGCUAGAGUGGUUCGACAAGGCUUUGGCGGAGAAGUCGGAGUGCUCAACCGCGUAUUUCCACCGUGGCCAGCUGCACUCGAUCGACGUGUCCCCCGAUGGAACUAGCAACGAGUCAUCGAUGGGAGCGGCAUUGAACGACCUGGAGAAAUGCAUCAGCAUUGCACCCGACUUCGCCAUGGCCUACAUCCAGCUGGGUGUUACCCACGCACGGAACGGCAACUUCCAGGGCGCGGUAGAGUACCUUACGACGGCGGCUCGCAUCACGCCGGACGUGCCGGAGAUCUACAAUUACCUAGGUGAGACGUACAUGCAGAUGCUGCAGGCUCCGGGCAGUACCGUGGACCUGAAGACCGUGGAGGAGAUGUUCGAGAAAGCGAUCGAGCUGGACCCAUCGUACCCGAUGGCCUACAUCAAUCAGGGCAACCUGUUGGUGCAGAAGGGUACGGAAUAUGGCCACCAGGCGCUCGCGCUGUUCGAGAAGGCAGUGGAGAUGUGUCCUCGCUCCAAGUUCGCGUACUGCCACUUGGCUCAGGUGUACAUGGCCAUGCAGGAGUAUUCGCGUGCCAUCGAGCAGAUCGACAAGGCCGUAGCCUUCGCCUUCAGCAAGGACGAGCUCAAUGAGCUGUUUGCCAUCCGCGUGACGGCUGAAACGCACCAACAGGCCUCCGUGCUGCUCCACUAGCUGGAAGACCCAACCGAUAACAGCCAAAAUGUCCUUGUAGACCAAUUAUCGGUUUGAACAGGUGUUAUACCCUUGUUAUCUUGAUCAAUCUAAAAAGAGAGGGGUUGUCCGGUGCAAAGCACAUACGUCA